AUGGUUUCUCCACCAUCAUCAAUAGGUUCACCUGAAUUACUUUGCUCUCCUUCUUCACCUACCAUCUCAUUCACCGGAAUCAGAGACACCAUACCACCCGUACCGGACCCAAAAGCAGCUUCAGCUUUCGCCGCCACCUCGCCCCGUAAUUGUACAUCUUCACCUUACGCUGGAUUAGGUCAUCAAAGAUCACAUUCGGAGACUGCUCAUCUACUACGACCUAAAGCUUUUUCUCCCUCGCCAUCGACUCUUCACCCAUUCACUGAAAUGGUAUACCCUCAUUCACACCCUCAUCAAGGAUACCAACAUAACAGACCGUCAUCCCCACUAGGAGUGGGAUCGAGUCACUUUCCAGUCGGAGGAUCUCAUUCUCAUACUCACGUCAAUCCGCAAGGACAUUCCUCGAAUCGAUAUCCACCCAUCACCGCCGCUUUUGGUAGUCAAGCAAAUUUCUCCGCAUCGUCUACGCCAGCUCAAUCACACUUUCCCCAUCAGACCGUGGCACCCCAUUCUCCACCUUACGAUCACGCUGGACCGUCGAAUCUCCGUCGUUACGCAUCUCAAGUACAUCGAUCACACGUCAGUCAUCGACAAAGAGCACCUUCGGGUGGUCAUGACGCCAACCUACGGUGCUCUCCAGACUGUACAGCUGCCGAAGCACCAUAUAAUCUCCUAUCAACUGUCAUAGGUCGAGCGAGUGUCAGCGAUAUACGCCGAAUCACUUCAAAACCAGUCAAGCGUAAAGCGCCAAACGACGAAGACAUCGAAAUGGAAGAGGAUACCCCGACCACCAACCCAAAUGGGAUUGUAAAUGACCUCAGUGCACGGCCAAACAUACAGACUCGUCGCAGCCGAACAAGAACAUCUUCCCACUUAGCACCUUCGUCCCCAUUCUUCAGCGACUCUUUUGCCAAACCUCUAAUGUUUGAUCGGAAGCUACUCCAAAGUACACCGCCACUCCCACCCGUAGAUCAUCUGCGUGAUCCACCUCUAGAAGGCGACUUCUUCGCCAACUACCACAAAUCUGGGUUAGGUGCACAUAUGACAUCGAACGCUGUACUACUACAUGGUGUAGAACCUGAAUUGGAAUUCGAUCUACCUCGCUCAUCAUCUGCUCCUGCUAUACCUCUACUAGCACAAAGGGACAGGGGUCUGAGCGAUGCAUCUGCUGCCUCAGCGAUAUCGACUGAUGUGCUAGGUGCUCAUUCAACAAUCACCACUCAAUUCCUCAUGGAUGAGAAACCACAUGAAUCGACUUUACCUUCUUAUGUGUCUUCGCCACAAACCAUAUCGACUGCAAAUCACUCCCAUGGACUACCGCCUACGACAAGCAGAUUCUCGACUUUCAGUGGAGCACGUCGUCUGGACCUAGGGGAGAAAUUGGGAUCAUUAGGUCAGAUAGUUGGCGAUGCCAAUGAACUGACAUCUUACUUAGGUGAAGAUCUUGCUGCUGCCCUCAAACAGCGCUUGCAGCCUGAACAAAGCGAGAUGGUAAAAGAGAUCAAGAGGAAAGAGGAGGUCCUAAGUGAAGCCGAAUGGAGCUUCGAUGUACCUCUAGCAAAAGCAUUGGGUGAUGUAGUCAGAGGCUGGGUAAAAGGUGUAGAGGAUAAAGAGCAUUUCCAGGUAGCAGAAUACGGAUGUCACAAAGAGACACCUAAUGCUGUCUUGGCUGAAACUGUCAGGACUCUUACUCUGCGAUCCGUUGGACCUGGUCGACCUAAGAAAGUACUCACGGUCACCCAUCAAUGCAGUCCCGAUUUCGAUACCCGAUCAUUACAAGCCAAUCUAUCCAGUCACCCUCAAUCGUAUCGUAAAAUCAAAGCGAUACCUUCGCCUCUGAUCCUGACCUCGUACAGCUUUGCAGGCUUCGCAGAGCCUUCCCUACCGCCUAACUCUGUAGAUGUCGCGCUAUGUACCAACGAACUCAGUAAAUUACAUGGUACGAUCCAACCUAAACCGUUAUACUUGUUCACCUCGCAAGCUGAAGAGAGGGAACAGAGAUCAGAGAAGGAUCUUAGCGGUUGGUUGAAACUGCGCGCUAAAGAAGUCAGGCCCGGUGGUAUUUUAGCUUGUUCAUUUGCGGUCCGAACUGCUCCCUCCCCCGAACACCAUAAUAACAGAAGGAACGAUCGACCGGGUAAUUCCAGUGGUCAAGAGGGAUUCGUCAAUCCACCUAGGGGAUCACCAGGAAAUUACUCAAUGAGUUUACCUACUUCACCUCGAACUUCUAUUGAUGAACAUGUUCCGAACCAAAUGAAUAUCACACCUAUGACGGAAAUCAACAAUAGUCCUUUUGUUCCUGGACCACCUUUGCCUUCACCACCUAUGACGAAUGGUAAGACUAGGAAAUACCGACCUGAUAUUUGGCAAGCCAUGUCACAUGCCUUGUCACCUGCGAUACAAAGAUUAGUAUCUCUAGGAGAAAUCAAAACUCAAGUUGCACCCUUAUUGGUCGACGUGCCAUAUUGGCCUCGAACGUUAGAAUCGAUACAAAAUACGUUAUCGAAAACUUACAAUGAAUGGGAACCGUUGAUCGAUCAUUCGUCAGAGGCAGCUGUGGGAGCGUCAGAAGAGAUGAAGAGAUCUUUCUCGGAUGAUAGCGAUGAACUUAGACCUAAUGAAUAUUCUCCAGAAGAGAAGAAGGAAUGGGAAGAUUCGGGAAUCAAGAUUUUCAGAUUGACUCAUCCCGCUUGGAUCGACUAUAGGAGAGGGAAGAUUGAUAGGAGUGGGUAUGCCAAAAGAAUAGCAACGUAUUGUAGAUCAGUCUACGAGGGUCAUCUCAAAAAAGUGUUGAGAGAGAAAGGUAGGAUGGAUAUAAGUCAAUGUGAGACUACUGUUCAGGAACUUUUCAAAGUCCUUGUGGAGAAAUGUGAACUAGGCGCACUGGACGCAUUAGAGAUCGAUGUGGGAAUCAUUGUAUUAAGAAGGAAAUGA